AAAUCUUGAAAACAAAUCACAGUAACAUAAUGGAUGACCCCUUCAUCAGAGAGCACAUAGAGGAACUGCUGCGGAACAUUAGAACUCAAGUACUUAUCAAACUCAUCAAACCAUACACAAGAAUACACAUCCCUUUUAUUUCUAAGGAGCUGAAUAUUGAUGUUUGUGAUGUGGAAAGUCUGCUGGUCCAGUGCAUUUUGGAUAACACAAUCCACGGGCGAAUCGACCAAGUCAACCAGCUAUUAGAACUAGACUACCAGAAGAGAGGAGGGGCUCGCUACACAGCUUUAGACAAAUGGACAAAUCAGCUGAACUCUCUCAACCAAGCCAUUGUGAGCAAGCUCACAUGAUGCCAUUACAAAUCAAGAGACAAGGAAAAAUGGCAUGUUUGAAUACAUCCAUCAAGAAUGCUACUGUGCUUCAGACGAGACACCACAAGAUUUGAAUACAGGCACCGAUUUCAAGAAGACUGCGAGAACCCAGGGAAUGAGUUCAAACUGUGUUGUUUUGUCCUGAGAGGAAAUCACUGAGACUUGUUUUUCAUGUACCAGAUUGGCAGAUCCAUGUGCAGAUAUUUUGGUUGUCCAAUGUGUAUGAGAAAACAUACACAGUAUUUUAAUGUAUACUGUUGCCUGUUGGUAAUAAACAAAGUCCUCUCAGCACUUAAAAGAUUAGGCUUGAA